CCUGAAAGAUUGACUGAUGCAGCAUCAACAUUUUUAAAUACAUACAUUUAGGAAUAGUCAUUCUCAUGUAUCUCAACAAUAAGUGGGAACAGUGGCGAUAAAGCAUCUUAAUAUUGUUAAUGCCGUCGUCGCAUUUAGACCUCCUUACUGACCGCUGGUGGCUCCUGGGGCCGUAGAUUGGAGACCUUUGCGUCGGCUGAAACUCAUUUCCUGAUUGGCUGACUGGUGCCACAGAUAACUGAGCUGAGGAGACUUCAGUCGGUUGACAACCACCACUACCCUUCAAAGUGUUGGCUCCACGUGGGAACGCAACCAUGGAGCUACUGGUUCGCUAUCUGGACCGCAGCAAUUCAAAUAGCUCUGUGCUGACUCCAGAGGUUUUCAAAGAGGAGAACCUGAGAGAUGACCUGAAGUACUACUUCAUGAGCCCGUGUGAGAAGUACCGGGCUCGGCGACACAUACCCUGGAAACUGGUGGUGCAGAUUCUGAAAAUCGUCAUGAUCACAACACAACUCAUCCUGUUCGGCCUCAGCAACCAGCUGGUGGUGUCCUAUAAGGAGGAGAACAUGAUGGCACUCAAAAACCUUUUCCUGAAGGACUACAGCGGCGUGGAUGAGGAUGACUACAGUGUUGCUGUCUACACCCAACAACGUGUCUAUGACAGUCUGUUUUAUGUCCUGGAUCAGUACAGCCAGUUGGGCCGGCUCUCUGUGGGUCCCCUCAGUUACGGAGAGGAUGAACACGGCGAUGUGCUGCCGCUCAUCAUCUGUAAACAAUAUUACAAGAGGAGCAGCGUGGAGCCCUCAAACGAGGCCUAUGAUAUAGACGCCCAGCUGGAGACAGUUUGUAUGUCACAUGAUCCAAAGACAGCAAACCAAUGGAAAACCCAGAACUCAUCCUUUUUUGAUCUGGACUUUUACCGGCUUGUUGACAUGAAAAUAACCUUCCAGCUGAACGGCAUCAACCUACAGACGGUGCGUUCACGGGAGUUACCUGACUGCUACUCGUUCUACAUUACGAUAACGUUUGACAACCAGUGUCACAGUGGGAAGGUGAAAAUAUUCCUGGACAUAGACGCUCAGAGCUGUCCAUGUCAAGACUGGAAGAUAUCUGGGACGGCUCAGAAGAACACACACUACCUGCUGGUGUUUGACAGCUUUGUCAUUGCCGUUUGCCUCACAUCGGCUGUGCUGUGCAGCCGCUCCAUCGUACUGGCGGUCAGGCUACUUCAGAGAUUUUCCAGAUUCUUCCAUGAGAACUACAGUCGUAAAGUGGGUGAGGAUGACCAGAAUGAGUUUCUGAAUGGCUGGUAUGUGCUGGUCAUUGUCAGCGAUCUCUUGGCCAUUAUUGGCUCUAUACUGAAGAUGGAAAUACAAGCGAAGAGUCUGACCAAUUAUGAUGUGUGCAGUAUCUUUCUGGGAACAUCUACUUUAUUGGUGUGGGUCGGCGUGAUCAGGUACCUGGGAUACUUCCAGAAAUACAAUGUAUUGAUUUUAACCAUGAAAGCAGCCUUCCCCAAGGUCCUGCGUUUUUGCUGCUGUGCCGGUAUGAUCUACCUCGGCUACACCUUCUGCGGAUGGAUUGUACUGGGGCCAUACCAUGAGAAGUUUGAGGGCCUGAGUCGUGUAGCGGAGUGCCUGUUCUCCCUCUUGAACGGCGACGACAUGUUCACCACCUUCGCCCAGCUGAAGGACAAAAACACUUUGGUGUGGCUCUUUAGCCGGGCCUACCUCUACUCCUUUAUCUCCCUGUUCGUCUACAUGGUGCUGUCGCUCUUCAUCGCCCUCAUCACCGACGCCUAUGAGACCAUCAAGAGGUUCCAAAGAGACGGCUUCCCGCUGACGGACCUGCAAAAGUUCCUCAGAGAGCAAAAAGAUUUUCCUGUUGCAGAGGAGAGCAGUCAGACAGACGUCCACAUCAGAUACUCUGUGUUGUGCUGCUGCCAACGAAUUCCAGAAAUUGACGAUGUUGUACUGAUCAGCUGACAGCUGUUCCACCGCCAGAGAACCUUGAUCAGGAAGGAGGAUGCUGAAAACAUGACCUUGCACCUCUGAUGCCGACUUCGAGAUCAAACCAUCCAUUGCAAAAUCCUCAAAAGAGCAGCGUUACUGAUUCUGAAGUGCAAUAUGAGAGAAACGCCUAUCAAGGUCUCUCCCUAACAUGAAACUGGAGCUGGAAAUAACUGUUUCAUAACUGUAUCAACUGAAGCUCAGGAUGCUGUUGACGUUUACUGGGCCUUCUGUAGCUUCUGUACAUGCAUUUAUUUGCCAAAUAACUGAAUUCAGUGUGUUUUCUGCAAUUGACUGGCUGCAAACACUGGUGCUAUGCCACAUUAUGCCGUGCUAGAUGUCAUUUAUUUGUCAAGUGUUGUCGUACAGAUUGCAGUAAAGCUAAUCUUUUCAUUUG